GCUGUGGGCGUCAUGGCGGCGAGGACGCCGUCCUCGCGCGGCGCGGGCCCUGGCCCGGGCCCUGUGUCGGCCACCGCUUACCCCGACACACCGGCCGAAUUUCCCCAUCACCUCCAGGCCGGCGCGAUGAGGCGCCGCUUCUGGGGCGUGUUCAACUGCCUGUGCGCCGGCGCGUUCGGGGCCCUGGCCGCCGCCUCCGCCAAGCUGGCCUUCGGCCGCGAGGUGAACAUGGGCCUGUGCGUCUUAGGUAUUAUCACCAUGGCGAGUACCAACUCUCUGAUGUGGACUUUCUUUAGCCGGGGCCUCAGUUUCUCCAUGUCUUCAGCCAUUGCCUCUGUUACUGUGACUUUUUCUAACAUCCUCAGCUCGGAAGCUCCCGCCCACCUGGAAGGCCCUCCCACACAAGCAACAGUAACCUCCUGGCUGGAAGGACUCGUGAAAGGUGACCAGGGCUCUGCGGCCUUGGGUUGGUGUUCGCCACCACUUCCAGAGUGGCCUGGAUACCCAGCCCUCCAGUUGGUGGCCACAGGGAGAUGCUGGAGCAGCCAGGCCAACAGGCUAGCCCCGAUCCCAAGAGAUCAGGCCUCUGGCCACACAGCCUUGAGGGUGGUACUGCCAUACUGGCCUCUGCCCUCCACCCAACAUGUGGAGAGUGCUUUGAUUCUUUGCCCACCGCCAAAACAACCUCAGACCAGCUGUACGUCUGUGUGGCUCACGCCUGUCAUUGUAGCCCCUCAGGAGGCUGAGAUCUGAGAAUCGCGGUUCAAAGGCAACU